AUGGGCUUGCCAGCGAUGUUGAGGUCCUUGCCAUGGCUCCGAGCCUGGAGAGUAGCGCUGUCCCAGAUUGAGGUGGACUCCGGUUACAAGGAAGAGCUCCGGAGGGAGAUGACGCUGUUCAAGACGCUGGCCAUCACUUUCUCCAGGAUGAUGAUCUUCACUGGGAUCACGUCUUUGUACUGUAGCAUCCUCCAGUUAGGAAGGCCGGCCGGCCAGCCUCGUGCGGGGCUGGGUCAUCAUCUCCUUCUUCACCUGGUUAAUGGGUGUCGUCAUGUUGGGGAUUUCUCCUUGCCUGUAAGCACACACCUUCCCAGAACUUGCCAGAUUCAAGAAUCAACCCUAUCUGUGAUUGAAAUUUGGUGCUUUGUUUAUCCGUUGCUUAUAACAUUCAGUUUGGUUUGGUCCGUCUCAGUCAAAAUGAUGCCAUUGAUAUACAUAAUUCUUGCAAUUUAG